CUUGAGAAGGAUUGACCAAUAUGCGAUUCCAAUAGGUGUAUAAAAAGAUACCCCAAUUGCCGAAGUUUAGUGGAAGAGCAGAACGAUGACAAGUUGGAAAAAGUUACUCGUUGUGUUAGUUUUAGGCGUAGUGGCGGUGGUUUGUGAAGAAACGGCAGCCGAAGAACUUCCCAAAGAUGUGGACGAGGGUCGGGGAAGAAAGCGGAUGUUUAAGUUUCUGUUCAAACUUUUAACACCCAUGGUCUCAUCGCUUUCCUACAUCCUGCUGAUUAAGGCCAAGGUUGUCGUGGUGGGUCUUUUUUUAGUUGGAAUCUACUUCUUUGGGCACAAACUUUGGCCCGGUGGUUUCUGUGGGCAUUCGAUCGUUUCUGAUGUGCCACCGCCGUACCUUGAUGGAUACAGUGGCAUCAGCGGAUUAAGCGGUAUCAGUGGGUACCAUUCCAGUGGUCCAGAAAUUUUGUCCAGUUAUCCCGGACCGGAACCGUGGUCUGUCCCCGGCUCGUACGGUCCACCAACGGGAUCCUCUCCGCCGUCGUUGCCUCCUUCAAUCGGUGAUGGCGUCAAGUAUGGAUCUCGGCGAGGAAGACGUGAUUUGAUGAACCCCGAGGACGAAGAGCUGCUGGAUAAUGAAAUGUACUGGACAGAUCAGAUAACCGACAUGGCAUUCCGAUUCCUAGGAGUAUCUGCAAGGGAAUGCAGAAAGCGAUUCGUUUGCGAAUUUGACUUCCACGCACGCAGAAAUCCACUCUUACUGUUCGCAACCAGGGCGAUGGGUCGCGACAUUUUCCACAACUACCGGGACGCGAAUGAUGAACGAGCGCGUUACUAUCAGGACUGUGGUAGGAUCUAUGCGAACUGUUCGGUGCCAAAGCGAUCUCCACCGCGUCAAACUCGUCGUAAGGGACAUCUUCCGACUACAACUACGGAAGAACCGGAACCGGAAGAGAGUUCCUCCGCCUCCAUCGAGCAAGAAGAUGAAGCAGGAAAUGAAAUAGCAGGGGAAGAAAAUUCCCGGAAAAGUCUGCAAAGCGAGUGGCAACCGCUUACGUCGGAACCGAUGGGGAAACUGAUAUUGCGGCGCACUCAGCGAGAUCAGCCGAGCAGUGUAAGUGAAAACCAGUGAAAAGUUAGUGAUGCGUGAGUAGAUGAAGAAUGCGUGCUGCGUGUACAUAAUUGCCUAAAUUAUUUUAUUUAUUGAAUUGUUCGUAUGCUUUG